UAAUGGAACCCAUAAAAGCAAACAUUCAAACAAAUAUUUAUUCGUAAAUAUAACUUCAAAACCUUUUAAGAAAACUAUCUCUGUUCUCUUUCCGAGGAGAAGUUAAAGAAGAUGACUAUGUCGGAGAACUCAAGAAACUUGGAAGCUGGUUUGUUACUGAGGAAGAACCAAAACGACAUCAACGAAUGUCGUAUCACUGCUGUUGUACUUUUCAGUACUUUCGUUUCUGUUUGUGGCUCUUUCUGCUUCGGUUGUGCGGCAGGUUAUUCAUCAGUUGCUCAAACAGGGAUCAUAAAUGAUUUAGGCCUCUCUGUUGCACAAUACUCCAUGUUUGGUUCAAUCAUGACUUUUGGAGGAAUGAUUGGUGCCAUCUUCAGCGGGAAAGUCGCAGAUCUCAUGGGUCGAAAAGGGACAAUGUGGUUUGCUCAAAUUUUCUGCAUCUUCGGUUGGCUUGCAGUAGCAUUUGCAAAUGACUCCAUGUGGCUUGAUAUAGGAAGACUAUCCACAGGAUUUGCAGUUGGUUUAUUAAGCUAUGUGAUACCAGUUUAUAUUGCAGAAAUAACACCAAAACAUGUUCGAGGAGCGUUUGUAUUUGCUAAUCAGCUGAUGCAGAGUUGUGGGUUGUCUUUAUUCUACGUCAUUGGAAAUUUUGUUCAUUGGCGUAAAUUGGCCUUAAUCGGUCUCAUUCCAUGUGCUUUGCAAGUUGUGACUUUGUUCUUUAUUCCAGAGUCCCCUAGACUACUGGGAAAAUGGGGACGUGAAAAAGAAUGCAGAGCUUCAUUGCAACGUCUUCGCGGAGAUGAUGCAGAUAUCUCCGAAGAAGCCAACACUAUCAAAGAAACCAUGAUUUUGUUUGAUGAAGGACCAAAAUCGCGGGUUAUGGAUUUGUUUCAGAGAAGAUAUGCUCCAUCUGUUGUUAUUGGUGUGGGACUAAUGCUUCUACAACAACUCUCUGGAAGCUCAGGACUUAUGUACUAUGUCGGUAGCGUAUUUGAUAAAGGAGGAUUUCCAAGCAGCAUAGGCUCAAUGAUUCUUGCAGUGAUCAUGAUACCAAAAGCUAUUUUGGGUCUGAUUUUGGUUGAGAAAAUGGGACGAAGACCUCUUCUAUUGGCCUCUACCGGUGGAAUGUGCUUUUUCAGCUUACUCCUUAGUUUUUCCUUCUGCUUUCGGUCAUAUGGCAUGCUUGAUGAGCUCACUCCGAUUUUCACAUGUAUCGGUGUAGUGGGUUUCAUCUCUUCAUUUGCCGUAGGCAUGGGAGGCUUACCAUGGAUCAUCAUGUCUGAGAUAUUCCCAAUGAAUGUUAAAGUUUCUGCUGGGACUCUGGUUACCUUAGCCAACUGGUCCUUUGGUUGGAUUGUAGCUUUUGCCUACAACUUCAUGCUAGAGUGGAACGCAUCAGGAACGUUCUUGAUCUUCUUUACUAUAUGCGGUGCGGGUAUAGUCUUUAUUUAUGCGAUGGUACCCGAAACUAAAGGAAGAACAUUGGAAGAUAUACAAGCUUCUCUUACAGAUUUUCUACAAUGAGAACAACUUUUACCUGUUUAAAGUUAA